GAAAGGGGGAGCGCCCGGGGCGGCGGCGCUCGCCGGUGUGUCCGGCUUGCCGCCGCCCGCUGAGCCGUGGUGCACGGGGAGGCGGAGCGCCGCGGCGGGGAGCCCCUCCGGGCCUAGAGGAGAAGUGGGCGGUGGGGCGACGCUUGCCGCCGUCGCCGCCUGGCUCUGCGGGGUCGCGGCCCCGCGGCGGCAAGGGGCGGUGGCGGUGGUGGCCGAAGCGAAAGUACCGCCCGCGCCGGCAGUGCCGCGUCCCGGCGGCAGCCCGAGAUCGAGGGCCGGGCGCUGCCGCCGGCCGGGGCGGCCGCGGCGUGGGGAGCAGGCGGCGGCGCCGCCGCAUCCCCGCGGCCCGUGUACCUGCGCUGCGCUCGGCGGCGUGGCGGCGGCUCGCCCGGCCCCGCAGGACGCGGGGCUUGGCCGCGGGUAGAGGGAAGGGCUUUUGUCUUCAUCGCCUUCCCGGUAGGACCGCAGCCGCACCGCCGAAGUUUGUAUUCUUGCUCCUCUCAGCUUCCGACUGACAGACAAAGCUCAUGUCAACAGCAGCCUACCUAGAGUUACCACAAGCGUGAUUUUUGCAGGCUGCCAGAGUGUGCCGCGCGGACGCAGUCCUCUCCCUGGCGUGUGCGCAGCGCGGGGCCGCCGGACGGGUCCCUGCUACCUUACGGGCGGCCCGGGGGGUGGUCGGCUCCGGCGCUAGCCUCGCAGGGCGCUGUGGAAAAGUUUCUGCAUGUGUAUGCAUUGAUAGGAAAAUAAACAGUAACCUGGAAGGCUCUGUCAAAACGAGAUGCAUUGUAAAGCAAAUAAAUUUAAAUAGCAAAUAAAAAUUUACAAUGCCUGCGGGACUUUAGCUUUCAAGCAACAAAGGAAGUGGGUUAUUACAAAUAUAUCAGCCAAAAAGCAGCUUUUAAAACAAACAAACAGGAAUAAACAAACCCGUUUUUUCUCUUUUCUUUUGACAGGCUGGUACUGGGGCAACAUGACUGUUGCUGAAGCCAAAGAGAGAUUACAGGAUGCCUCCGAAGGGACCUUUUUGGUUAGAGAUAGUUCCCAUUCAGAGUAUCUACUGACUAUUUCAGUAAAAACAUCAGCAGGACCGACCAAUCUACGUAUAGAAUAUCAAGAUGGCAAGUUUAGACUGGACUCUAUAACUUGUGUCAGAUCUAGACUUAAACAGUUCAACAGUGUUGUGCAUUUGAUCGAGUACUAUGUUCUUAUGUGCAAGGACAGAACUGAAACGCCUUCAAAUGGAACUGUUCAUCUUUACCUGAACAAACCUCUCUAUACAUCUGCACCAUCUCUGCAACACCGCUGCAGAAUAACUAUAAAUAAGUGUACAAAUCAGAUCUGGGAUCUGCCAUUACCAACAAGACUAAAAGAGUACUUGAAAGAGUACCAAUACCAGGUAUAAAUGUAUUUUCUGGAUGCUUCUAAUGUAGAAUAACUUUUAAAUGCAAUUCUUAAAAUCAGCCAAAGAACUGAGUAACCAGUUGUACAACUCGGCAUGGAAUUCACUAUCAAAACAGUGGCAGUUCUGGGGGAAAGGUUUUUAUUUCAGAUACCACAAAGGGAGACUUUAUGUAGAAUAAUCCCAGUUGCAUCCUCGGGGGUUCAGCAAGGUGGCAUGCUAUUCUUGUGAGGAGAGAGAAGCCAGGAAUCUGUCCAGAUUGUGUUGCUUUGUCAAUGGCAUAAAAUACUGCACUAACUGUCAAACACUAAUUGAAGCAGUGGGACUGGGAAAGACUGCAGAAGUGGUUAGAGGCGGAUGAGAGUGCAUAAGCAUCUCAGUUGUCUGGUUCCAAGAUUAAUUUGGUGCUGGGGUUCGUAUAAUCCUGAAAGCUUAACUGGAUCACACUGUGAUAAUCUUGCCAAAGUUAUGCAACUAAUCAAAUCCAGUCAUAAAAGUGAUAAUCUAUUCAGUUUUUAUGGAACUAUCAUUCUUGUGCUUUUCUGCAAGCAAAAGAGUACUGUAAGUAAUCAGUUUAAAACAGUGUUUUUUAAAAUUCUCUAAAAGCUGACCUUAAGGAGAAACGCCACAUCUUUCAUUGGAACCCAGUAUGUUGCUGAUUAUACCAGAUUGGUAUCCCAGAAUCUUUGUUAACAUGUUAACAUCUUCCCAGUGGUGAUAUAUCCAUGUUAUUACUAUUAAGCCUCUUUUGGUUGAGGCUUUAGGACUGUAUGCUGCAGACUUGCAGUAGCUGAGGUCCAGUGUCAAAACAUGGAUAUCAGCAGUUAGAGCUGUCUUCUACAGUGUAGAAUGUUUUCUUCAGAGUGUUUCCCAAAAUGUGGGGAAAUAUGGAUUUGGUCUUUUUUUUUGGAAGGGGUUGGGUUUUUUUUUUUCUUCCAUUUAAUUCACCAUUGUAGGUAUGAGACCAUUACUUAAUAAAGUAAAUCAAAUUGCACAA